GAAAAAGUACAGAAUUUAUCCUAUCUAUUUGAGUACAGAAUUUAUUCUAUCUUUUAAUUGAACAUUUGGAAUUCUUCUGCAUUUAUCAUAGCCACUGAUGACCGAAACGUUGUAAAUAUGUAGUACGAAAUUUCAACAAAAACAAUGGAUAGUGAACCCCCUCCAAAGAACGAUUUAAAAAGAGAGAAAGAACAUGAAAAGUUGUUGUCUCACUCAGACCCUGUGAAAGGUGUUCAUUAUGGUAACCUAGGUGGCGCUUCAGAAAUUACAGGUGGCAGUGUUUCAUCAUUAGGUACGAAAUCAUUAUCACAGGGAGGAACCAGCAAAGACAAAUACCUGAAGAGCCUUUCGGAAGAAGAAGCCCCACAUGCAUCAUGCAAGAAGAAAAUUUUGAGAGUAGUUGUCACAUUUCUUUUUAUUGUUAUAGUUGUCGGCAUCAUCAUCAUUUGGUCAUUCCAUGAAGGUCGCUCAAGGAAAAACAUUGGAAAUCAGUAUUUCGACUUUGUAUCGAAGCAACGGGUACUUAACGUGUAUAAUCAUAAAGACGAUAUUGUUCUAACGGGUAUUUUGAAAAGCAGCGAGUUAGAUAUAGGGAAAGUGGAGAAAUGUGAUGAGUACCAGACAGACGAUGUGUUUUGUUUUCGAUUUGGGGAUGACACAAUAUUUCGAUUUUUUCCGUAUACUUUAGAAAAUGCUCAAGUACAUUGUAAUGAUAUUGUUUGGACAGAUAUGAAGAACAAUUUUCAUAUACCCAUAGACUGCUAUGAUAUAGAAUUUGGACUUUGGUAUGGACUGCCAAACUUUAAGGGGUCGUUUUGGCCGGUGAAAGGAAAUGCAGUGUCAAUUGAUAAACAGACAUAUCUGCCAUAUGGGAAUGAGGUUCUUGGACAAAUUUUGGAAAACUAUUGGUUCAAUGCCGAGGGCAGUGCAAUCAUUGUACAUCAAGAUUACCCAAUAAAAUUUAGUUAUAAUGACAAUAAUGAUAAUAAAUUAUGUUUUUCGUUAGAUUUUGAGAACUUGAAGCAGACGGUCAUUCCUACUAUUAACUAUACCAUCUGCCAGGGACCGGAUAUUAAAACCACCUACCUUGCGACAAGGAACAGUUUUUUCCCUCAUACAAAAUUAAUAGAUAUUGCGAACCACGACUUCUCAAAAAUUAUAUGGAAAUUUGAAAAUCGCUACAAGAAUAAUCAUAAAACUUUCGGAGAAUUCCUUCAUAAUCUGAAUACUGUUGGUUUGCCAAUCAAUAUGAUUGAAUAUGACACUGACUGGCAAGAGAAUGUUGGAGAUUUUAAAUUUACGGAGAGGAUAGCCAAUGAAUUGUCUUUAUACUUUAAUGUUGACAAAGGCAAAUACUCGCAUUCAAAGGUCAUGCUACCGGUGACCUUAGCUUGCUCUUAUAAAGCAGGUGAAAAUUUCAAAGUUGGAGCUGAUAGGGAUCUUUUUGUGAAGGAUAUUUUUACGCAGGGAUUUAAAAUGAUUCACUAUAAAGGCAUGAGUUGUGCAUUAUGGGAUGCCACCAAGACCGAAACAAGGGAUUUUCUAAUUGACGCGCUUGGUUCCCUUCAACAAAAAGGCACUGUGGAGGAGACAUUGUACCCACAGGCAUUUGACUUUAAAACAACAGUUGCAAACAAAGCAAUUCACCAUACUCUGUUUAGAAACACGUCGGAUAUUAAUGCCAUCAACUCAGAAUUUGCUGCACUACUUCUUAGUGCAAAUAAAUCUGUUCUUAUUGAAACAGCUUAUCAUAUGCAAAACAUGUCAAUGUUCGUAGAAAUUCCAACUCUGGUUGCAAAUAAGAGCGGGAAGAAAUGUUUGGACUAUAUGAUAUCAGGGGCUCUAACAGCCGGUAUCCACGGCUACCCGUAUGUUGUGAGUUUGGCUCCACCAGAAGACGUAGUUGACACGGAGCUAUUGAUGCGCUGGAUAGAGGUGGCUAUGUAUUUUCCAGGAUUACAAGUAACAAAUGCAGUGUUAAAUUUUGAUGGUAGACCUUUAAAUCUGUUAAAGAAUUUAAGUUCGCUUAGAGAGUCUGUAGUGAUUCCGGCUUAUUCUGAAAUUGUCCCCGACAUUAAAGAAGGGAAGCCCCUUUUGCGUCCAUUAUGGUGGAUUGAUCCAUUAGACUUUAAAACUUUACGCAUUUCAGAUCAAUUCUUGAUCGGAGAAUCGAUUAUGGUGGCACCAGUUUUGUGCCUAGGAGACCGAAAACGAGAUAUUUAUUUACCAACGGGUCGGUGGAUACAUUCCAAAACAAUGACGUCUUAUGCAGGGAAACAGUGGCUGAAAGGUUUUGCUGUAUCACUUGAAGAUAUUGCUGUUUUUUAUUUACAUAAAGAUAUUAGCAACAAUUCCACACAAUAUACUCAUUUAUCAUGAAUUUUUUUUGUUAAGUUAAAUAAGGUAUAUCCUGAUAUUUACUUUUAUCUACAAAUAUAAUUGUAUGAUUUUUUUUACUUUUUUAGCUCACCUGAGCACAAGGUGCUCAAAAGUGAGCUUUUGUGAUGGAAAUGUGUCCAUAGUUUGUUGGAAUGCACAACUUCUCUAAACAACAUCUUUUAAACAAUGGGUUGGAUUUUGUCCAAUCUUCACAGAAAUGAUCAACAGGUGGGCCUGUAAAAAAAAUUACUACAAAUAGUUCCAGUCUGGUA